AUGGCUUUCCCUGACAAGCCCAUAGCACAUCUGCUCGGGUCAAAUGGCCCAGUCCACGCCCUCGCCUACUCAGCAUCACCAGGCACAUACAUCCUAGCCGGCUCCUCAGACCGGUCGAUCCGGCUCUACAACCCUUCACCCAGCACCUCCAUCCACCCCUCCUCCGUCUCAUCAUCCAGUCUCACCACCAACAAGAAGCGCAGCACCUCCCCAAUAAUCCCCGAGGGCCGCCUGAUCCAGACCUACGCCGCGCACGGCUACGAGGUGCUCUCCCUGACCGUGUCCUCGGACAACGCUUCCUUCGCCUCCUCAGGCGGCGACCGCUCCGUCUUCCUCUGGGACGUAGCGCGCGCACAGACGCUCCGGCGCUUCGGCGGCACCGCGCAGUCGCACAGCGCGCGCAUCAACGCCGUGGCCUUCGGCGGCGAGUCCGACAGCCUGCUCGUCAGCGGCUCGCUCGACGCCAGCGUGCGCGUGUGGGACGUGCGCUCCAACUCGCUCAAGCCCGUGCAGGUCCUCACCGAGGCGCGCGACGCCGUCACGGCCGUCGCGGUGCGGGGGCCCGAGAUCGUGAGCGGGAGCGUCGAUGGAAGAGUCCGGAGUUAUGAUGUAAGAGUAGGGAGGUGCACGACUGAUGUUGUUGGUCCUGCUGUUACCAGCGUGUGUCUGACGCGCGACGGCCGCGCGGCGCUGGUUGGGGGGUUGGAUAGUAAGAUCAGGCUGAUGGACCGCGAGAGCGGCGGCUGUCUGAAGACGUACGCGGACGCGCGGUGGCGCAACGCCGACCUGCGCGUGCAGAGCAUGCUCGGUGGCAAGGAGCAGUACGUCGUGGUCGGCGACGAGAUGACGGCCACACAACCACACCCACCAAACACCACUACCACUACCACAAGCGGCGAGGGCAGGCUGUGGGCGUGGGACGUGCUGACGGGCGAGCUGAAGGCACAGGUGCGCGUGCCCUGGGGCCCGGCCGGCUCGGAGCCGAAGAAGAUGGUUGGCCGGGAUGGCAAGGAGAAGGAGCGCAGCAAUGUCAUCAGCUGCAUGGCGUGGCGGGAGAACGGGUUCGGGGAUCAGUUCUGUGUCAGUGGCACGUCUGGGGUUGUCACUGUCUAUGGCUACCAUUCAACAAUCAUAUGA